AUGUCGCUGCCAAGCGAUUACCAAAACGAAAUCGCUGCCCUGAGUCGCGAGGUUCUGAAACACCAGCCCGAAGACACCCUCCAGUUCUGCUACAACUUCUUCCAUCGCCGUCUGGAGUCGCAGCGAGCUGAGUUCCUCCUCUCCCAGCAACAUUCCAGCCAGCCGGGCGUGGCCGAAAGCAACUUCCCGGGCAACAAUCCCUUCGGUGCCACGACGUCUACCGCUCCAAACCAGCCGGGCAACAUGAGCGGCAUGCAUUCCGUCGCCGAAGAGGAGGAGCACGACUUCCAGUCGCCAACCGCCUCCAACUUCCCUCCCAACGCCCGCGAUCCCAUCUCCGUUCCUCCCCACGCCAACUCCAACGCCAACAGCACACCGGGUGGCACCUUUGGCAACUUUGGAUUCGGUUCCUCCAACUCCAACCCACCUAGUUCUGUCACAGCCGGGGCCAUGGAGCAGCCGCAGUCCUUCCCGAGCAACUACAACAUGAAUCGCCGUACCUCGGUCUCCGCAGAAUCAUUGGCACCGGCGUCAGCAGAUGAUAGCAACUGGAAGGCGCCUUCAUACCCAAAGACCCAAGAGCAGCUCGAUCGUCUGCGAGAGUCUGUCUCCCACAACUUCCUCUUCUCUCACCUUGACGAUGAACAGUCGGCGCAAGUGCUUGGUGCCCUUCAAGAGAGGAAAGUACCUGCGAAGGAUGUUCGGGUCAUUGUGCAAGGAGACGCAGGUGACUACUUCUAUGUGGUCGAGCAGGGCAACUUUGACAUCUAUCUAUCGAAGACGGGCCAGGCAGAGCCCGGACCGGAGGGACUGGGAACAAAAGUCGCUUCUUCAGGCCCAGGCACUUCUUUUGGGGAGCUGGCUCUGAUGUACAACGCCCCACGUGCUGCUACUGUCGUGAGCUCCGAGCCCAGCAUUCUCUGGCAGCUGGACCGUGUUACAUUCCGCCGUAUCUUGAUGGACUCGGCUUUCAAUCGUCGCCGCAUGUACGAAUCGUUCUUGGAGGAAGUUCCACUUCUCUCCUCCCUCACGCCGUACGAGCGCAGCAAGAUCGCCGACGCCCUCGAGACGGUCAAGUAUCCUGCCGGCAGCACCAUCAUCCGAGAGGGUGGCGUUGGAGACAAGUUCUUCAUUUUGGAGUCAGGCGAAGCACAGGCAGUCAAGCGAGGACGCGAGGACAAACCACUCAAGAGCUACAGGACAGGAGACUACUUUGGAGAAUUGGCACUUCUGGAAGACAAGCCACGUGCGGCCAGUGUGCUCAGCAAGACGGAGGUCAAGGUGGCUACUCUCAGCAAAGACGGCUUCCAGCGACUGCUUGGACCCGUGGAGGGCAUCAUGCGUCGCGACGACCCGCGAAAGAUGGAUAUUUCCCGAGACCCAUUGAGAUAG